UCAGAGCAGCAUUCAGCAAAUAAUCAAGUCACCUAGACUUGAGAAAUCUGGUGCCAUGAUUGCUGGAGUCUCGCCCCUCGGCCAGACAUUUCUGGGCACCCUUUUCACAUGGGGUGUCACAGCUCUGGGCGCUGGACUAGUCUUUGUACUGUCUGGAUCACAUCAUGAUGUCCUGGACGCCAGCCUAGGGUUUGCAGCUGGCGUGAUGACAGCAGCUUCGUUCUGGUCCCUCCUGGAGCCAGCCCUGCAGAUGGCAGAGACAUCUGGCGGAUACGGCGCGAACGGAGAGUUCGCGUUUCUGCCGGUGGCGGUGGGCUUCCUGGCGGGCGCCAUGUUUGUUUCGGGAGCCGAUGUUAUGAUGAAGAGAUUUGGAGUGGAUUCGUCUUCGCUGAUGCUAGCAUCUUUGGAUGACGGUGAAAGAGAACAUCGCAGCCGACGACGAAUGGACAGUGAACGGGGCGAGGAUCUUAUCGAAAACAGCGGCAUGUUGUCAGAUGGCCUGCGUCAGCGCCGUACUCUGGGGAAAGGGAACGGCGACGGCGCGUCUGCCGGUCUGGAUAGCCGGGAGGAGGAGGACCUGUCGGCUCGCUGGAGACGCAUUCUGCUCCUGAUCAUCGCCAUCACAGUGCAUAAUAUCCCCGAGGGACUGGCGGUCGGUGUUGGGUUCGCCGCUGCCGGGAAGACGGCGGGCGCCACCUUCGAGAAGGCCAGGAAUCUAGCGGUCGGUAUCGGCAUUCAGAAUUUCCCUGAGGGACUGGCGGUCAGCCUACCCCUGCGAGGGGCGGGCAUGUCCAGCCGGCAGGCCUUCUGGUACGGGCAGCUGAGCGGUAUGGUGGAGCCAGCCGCCGGAAUGCUAGGAGCCGUAGCCGUCUCACUCGCCGAGCCGCUACUACCGUAUGCUCUCAGUUUCGCCGCUGGAGCCAUGAUAUACGUGGUGUUUGACGAUAUUGUGCCCGAGGCGCAGACGCGCGGGAACGGUCGCCUGGCCUCGUGGGCUGCCAUCGUCGGUUUCCUCAUCAUGAUGUGUCUGGAUGUCGGCCUCGGCUAGCGGUGACCACAGCUGCCUCGUCAUCUGCUGGAGCAUGAUGUCCUGGGAUGGACUUAAGGUUACCUCGCCAUACGGCCUCUACAUAAAGGGCGGCUAGUUGGGUGUGAAGACGUUGAAAAAAGACCUUGGGCUCCCAAGGGAUGAUGUCCAGUUGUGGGGAUGAAGUGGGAAUAGUUUGGGAAAGUUUGAAAGAACGUGAAGUUGGUUUUGGUUUGUGACUUUUAGUUGUGUGACGAAUGGUGCUUAUGUGCCUACCUUAUUCUUAAUGCCUGCAUUUGCGGGAGCUGGUUUUGGAAAGGCCGCAAGCGAUCAUUCGUUGGCUUCAUAUUACAUGAUAAGACCUCUUGCGAUGCACGCAGUGCUAGUGACCAAAAAGCUUGAUCUGGAAAUGCCACUUGAUGUGAGAAUCAAUUAGUUGAGGAAAAUAAUCGGAUGACUCAAAACACCACGACUAUUUCGUCCUUUCAAUAAUUACGUCAAUGGAGAAAAUUUUGUCUCCAAGUGGAUAUGACAUAAUAUCAUUGAUUUGAUGGAACCAUCCAUUCUUCUUGCAACGAUUUUAAAUGAGUUUACUUUCAUGAAUGUAAACAUUCUGCAAAACAGAUCUCAUCGGAACAAAACAUUUCCCACCUAAUCACUGCUGCUCGGGUCCAGCUAUGUAUAAUUUGCGGGAAGCUAUUUACAAUGAUGCGUCACUGUUGUCCUUCUUGACUUAUAAUGUUGAGAAAAUCAUUGCCCUGUUUCACCGUUGAUAGCAGCACGCUACUAUGAAAUUGCGCGAGCUGACGUAAUGUGAUGACGUCACACUAAUGAUGUUUCGUGUAAUCCGUGAGCUUUUUCAUAGCUACGUUUGGAACAGAGUUGCUGUCUCCUUGAAUGCGUUUGAUACAUUUAUUUGAUCGCACGGCCGUGAAGAUGUUAGCAGCAAUAUUUGAUGACAUCGCACAGUUUGACGACGCCAUGGUUUGUUGAUGUUUCCAUGGAAACCUAAUUUGACACGUGUGAUUUGCAAUUUGCAGCGUGCUGCUAUCACCGAUGAAACAGGGCCCCGGUUUGUUAACAAUCUAGGUGCUUGUCAUUCUGGGGCGUCGUAGUGUUACGGAAGCCCAUUUCAUGUUUGUGUGGUGCUUGCCAGUUUCGCCAUUCCUAGUGCGAAUUGCAUGUAUUCCUUUUGCAAUAAUUCACCCAAAGUUUGUGCUUUGAAACUCUUCCAAACUUCAUCCCUUGUUCAUCCUGUAUUUAGGGCCUUGGUUCAUCCCAAGUUUAUCCCUUGAAUCUGUUCAUUUAACUAUGGCCUGUCGCUUCAAGUGCGUUGCUGAAAAAUUCCACGUGGAAUUUUUAGGAAGUAUACCCUGACAAUUUUCAAAUUUUUCCAAAGGAUUCGUCUCGUGUGGUAUAUAUUUGGAACUGUAACUUGGAAAUGUAUGCCAUCGUUAAAUCCGUUAAAUAGGCAGAGUAUAGUGUGGUUGGCUGCAAUUUUGUGUGGGGAUGGAAUGUUAUUUCCGAAUUACAUUGUGUUUCGCCUGCGUGUUUGGUAGAAUAGGAUGCUGUUUAUUUUGCUGUGAUAUAAAAUGAUAAGUUGGCUCUUGUGGAAAAGUUCUAGACGCUUCUUAGUGUGAACUGAGAGUGGAAGCACCGUGCCUUUGCGUGUUUACAAAAUAUUGAUAUCGCUACAUUCCAAGUGUCCUUACUGUUGGCAACAUCCAUAAGGCCUUUGUUCACACGGAUGUGAAACGUUAUUGCACAUAUUUCUUAUUCUUUGUAUGACAAAUUGUUUUUGAUUUGAGUUACCCGAAGGUAGACGUCUCAACUCAACUUCAUCACAAGUUUUAUUUCAUUCGAGGUGCAAUAUUUGAUGUACUACAAUAUUGUAUUGACAUGCAUAGCAUGUAAGCAAUGGUUAAAAAGUAAUGGUUUUUCGAUGAGGUGUUGAUGAUUUCAUCUCACUUUCGGCUUGCUUUUCGCUUUAUGCUAAUCAUUGUUACCAUUAUCGUUAAAGUCGUGUGAGAGUCUUACGAGGUGAACGUUAUUCCAAGAUUACAAGGUGCUCAUUGGCCAUGCGUAUGCGAUGUGUUCUUACUAGUGGACAUACCAAUCAACUGUGCCAGAUAUGACAAAAUACACAGACAACGAAUCAA